ACAGAGCCAAAUCUAGCGGCGCGGUUCUGUCUCCGUCGCGACGCCGCUUCCGCUCCGACGCGCCCACCAGAUGCCGCGCGGCCACGGGGGCCACCACCACGCGAUCCACCGCCGCGGCCGCCUCCUCCCGCUCGCCGCGACGGCGGCCGCGCUCCUGCUCCUCGCGCUGCUCGCCCUCCGCCCGGCCGCGCCGCCCGCCGGGGGCCCCGCCUCGCUCCUGCGCGCGGCCGUCGCGGCGCACCCGUCGCCGGCCGCAUACGGGCGGCCCUGCGCCGACCACCUCGCCCUCUCCCUGCGCCGCCUCCGCGCCGCGCUAGCCUCGCUGGAGGUUGGCGACGUUUCGGCGGCGCUGCACCUCGCCUCCGCCUCGCUCCAGUGCCAGUACGACUGCUCCCACCUCCUCUCGCUCCCCACCUUCCGCUCCCACCCCCUCACGUCCCGCUUCCUCAACUCCCUUGCCCCGCCAAGCCUAACCGCUGCCCCUAAACCUUUCUCCGCCUCCGCCGCUCCCGCAUUCCCGGUGAGGAUCCGCCCGGACGCCACGGUCUGCAAGCCGAAUCCCGGAGCGAAGCCGUGCGCCUACUCGACCGUGCAAGCUGCCGUGGACGCGGCGCCGAACUACACUGCUGGCCACUUCGUCAUUGCCGUCGCAGCAGAUACAUACAAGGAAAAUGUCAUAAUUCCAUACGAGAAGACCAACAUUAUGCUGGUGGGGGAGGGCGUGGGGGCUACUGUGAUCACCGCAUCACGGAGCGUGGGGAUUGAUGGGCUUGGAACAUUUGACACUGCGACAGUGUCCGUGAUUGGUGAUGGCUUCCGCGCGAGGGAUAUAACAUUUGAGAACAAUGCGGGUGCGGGAGCUCAUCAGGCUGUGGUGUUCCGGUCGGACAGUGACCGGUCAGUGCUGGAGAAUGUAGAGUUCCGUGGGCACCAGGAUACGCUGUAUGCUCGCACGAUGCGGCAGCUGUAUCGCCGGUGCCAUAUCAUUGGGACAGUGGAUUUUAUUUUUGGGAAUGCUGCAGCAGUAUUUGAGGAAUGCGUGAUUAAGACCGUGCCGCGGGCAGAGGGAGCUCGGAAGAGUGCACGGAAUGUGGUGGCGGCGAAUGGGAGGAUUGAUCCGGGGCAGACAACAGGGUUUGUGUUUAGGAAUUGCACUGUGGAUGGGAACAAAGAGUUUGUGGAAUUGUUCCAUACAAAGCCACAGUCAUACAGACUGUAUUUGGGGCGUCCAUGGAAGGAGUAUGCCAGGACACUGUACAUCAGCUGUUAUUUUGGGGCGGUUAUCAGGCCAGAGGGAUGGCUUCCUUGGCGAGGGGAUUUUGCGCUCAGGACACUGUAUUAUGGAGAGUUUGAUAGUCGAGGUCCUGGUGCAAACCGCAUGGCAAGGGUUGAGUGUAGUAAUCAGACACCAGAAAAGCAUGUCAAACUCUAUUCAGUGGAGAACUUUAUUCAGGGCCAUCAAUGGAUUGCAUACUAACUACGGUGUGAAUCAAAUGCUUAGAUCAUGACCUGUUGUCUUGUUGGCCAGUUUAACCACAUGAUGUGAAAUUUUUUUGUGGUAAUCCCUUCAGUCCUUAUUCUGAGAUUCUGGAGUCACAUGUGUUUCUUGUUAGAAAAUCCAAGCUGAUGUGAUUCGUCUUCCUGCUUAAGUAUACCCGAACCUUUUUGUAUACAUAUGUUAGUUGCAUUAUUUUAUAGUUUUGUUUUUGUAAUUACAUUGCCCCUUCAAUAGAGUAAAGACUGAACUUGUGACAGAGUAUGAUGGAACUUCUAUUACUUUCUUUACUCAUGCUCCUUCAUUGGUGUCAGCUUACUGUUGUCUCUGGAUUUUCCUUUUUGUCAUGAUUUCUAGCUUCUGAUGGCCCAUUACUCAUAAAACAUUAGUACUUUUGGGACAACAAGAAAUAUUUGUUUCUUAAUAAUUGCUAAACUAAUGGAAAAAGAAAGGUCAAUGUUUCAUCUGCUGUGAGCUGAAUGACUACUAACUGCCAUUCCCUUCAGAACUUUUGCCAGCAGCUUAUGCUUGGCAUCUAUGUUUUAUCUUCAUGUCUUGGAGUGAGUGGUAUAAAAGCUAACUUAAGUUAUCUUAUGAAUUUUUCCUAGAACAGUACACUUGGCACUAAGAUACAACUUUCUUCAAUUAGCUAAUACCGCAAAUGACAAAACAAUAGUUACUAACAAAAUGUGCUCAUUUUGUGAUACAGAAGGAGUAACAUUUAGCUACAUUUGAUAUAUUUUUUUUAAUGGAGCCGACAGGAAAUUUGUGGUCUAUAUAUUUUUAGAGCAGGAGAACAUAAGAAAUAGAAAAACAACAAUAACAAUGAAAACAACCAUCAACAUCAACAGCUGCCAUGGCCGGUCGGGAAGUAACCAUUUGAUAUUUAACAUGGAAAAACUUUAAAAGAAAAUGGUAUGUUGCAUGUUGUUUACAAGACCGCAAAAUCAAUGAUGUGACAAUCUAUUAUCACUUUACAAUGACUAUAACAACAUGUGGACUAAGUUGUCUACUAAUGUUGUUAGAGUCGAGAAUUGUCUGCCUGAGCAGCAGUACCAGGUACCAGAGCUGGAAGAUGCUACUUGUAGGUGCCUAUACGUUUAGUAUAAGAUGUGGUAACCCGUAACCCUGUUUCCUGUUGGAUGCUUCAUGCUUGGCUUUUAUCUUUCUCUUGUGGCACACUUCCUCUGAGAACAGUUUUAUCCUAGGAUCGAGGAUGCUCAUUGCCCAGUAUCUGUCAGAGAAUUUUGCUUUGUUUGCCUGGACAGUGUCCUGUUUUAAUAGAGCUUUCUGUCUUUCAUUCAGAAGGCAAAACUUUUGAGCAUACAGUGCCAUCGUGUCAUGCACUUUCCGCUAUCUUGCAUUCUGAGUUAUUGUAGUCCUUAAAACAGAACCAUGGUGCCAUGCUGACAAAAUGGGGAGUAAAAAUUCCGAAUGGAUCUGCUCCAAACAGAUUUUUCUUUUCAGUGCAAUUGUCUGCCUAUCAUCCUUCCAAAAAUGACUAGGUUUUUCUUGUGUGAAGGAAAAUGAUGCCAUCAUGAGAAGAUUUCAUUCAGGGCUCAAUCACCUGCGCCAGUGUUCAAUGUUAUUGUAUUGGUUCCUGUUGUGCUAAUUUCGAAAAGAGUGAACACACAUCCAUGUUCCUUUGGAUGAGAAGGAUCUUUAAUGGAGAUGUGCCCAGAACCGGCAGAUUCUAGGCUGACUGCACAACCUCCAUCAAGACAGGAACCUUAACCGAAAGUUGCUCAAAUUUGAAUGAAGCGCGCCUAGGUGGACCAGCUUGGUGACAGAGCAGUAAGGAGCAGUGGUCGAUGGAGAGCUUGACAAAGCUUGCAGGCCUUGGCCAGGUAGCUUUCAAUCCUUUUGGUCGGAUUAGAAGACUCUUGGUGCGUGUUUGUCCGACAGGGAGGUUUAACCCUUUGUAAUAGCUCAAAUGCCUACUUUGUCCUGCCUUCCUUUGUUUUGGAAUUUGUAAGGUGUUGCUGGCAUCCCCAAGACCCCCCAACAGGAUGUUUCUUGAACUCGAUCAUACUGUUUCAAAUAUAAGCAGAGAUUCUCUCGGAA